CUUGGACCCGCUCACCGAGAGAGAACGAAGCCCUAGAAUUUCGAUUCCCAUGGCGGAGACCUCCAAUAGCUGGGGGAUUUUGCGAUCCUCCGGCGACCGACUUGCUCCUCUUCCUCCGGAGACCUUCAAGCGCCGCAAAUCCUCCGGCGACCGGCCGGAUCGCACCAAAGGAGGCGAUCUCAUCAGCGCGUUGCCAGAGGAGGCGAUCCACCGCAUCCUCUCGUUUCUGCCCGUCGAAGACGCCGUGAGGACCAGCGUCCUCUCUAAGCGGUGGAGGUUCACUUGGACCACCACCACCAGCCUCGUAUUCAAUAGAGUCCGGCCUCGCCAUCACAGAGCCCGCUCCUUGGCGUUCCGGUGCAUCGUCGACAGCCUGAGCCAGCACACCUCGACCUCGGCGUUGAAGGAAUUCCACGUCAAUGGCUUUUGUUAUGGCGAGGCCGAUAGCCCCAAGCUCGAGGAGUGGCUCUUCGCAGAGCAGCGCCUCCACGCGAUCUCCGCCUGGAGCUGA